GUGAAGGUUUUAUUUUAUUUUUGUUUUUUUAAAUGCCGAAAAAUAGCCACUUGUCUUAAAGGAUUGAGGAGAAUUUGCAUUUUCCAUCAUCAGUUUUUCCUUUCUGGUAAAUGAUCUCAUUUACAGAUUCUCCAGCAAUCCCUCCUCACUCUUGCAUCAUGUGAAGGCAUAAAUCGCAGGCAGCGGUCUUUUUAGUGCGCAUGUACCCGGCAACACCAUUGGCUCUCACUCCCUGAUUUAAUCCCCCACGCCGGCUGUUGAGUGGACGUCGAAACCACGCUGCCCGGAGAACACGCACGCGGAGCUUCCCACGCUGCAGCUCGUGUCCUGAGAGGGAAAACAAAGAUGGAGAAAAAGAACGAAAUCAACGGUCACGCCGUGUCCGGCUCUGCCGAGCGGCUCCGUGAAGAAAGAGUCCCAAAAAACAUGCAGCAGAAGCUGGUGGAGUUUUUUAGGCGGAAUCUCCUGGUGAUCAUGACGGUCUCCGGGGUGCUAGUGGGCGUCGGGCUCGGCAUGGGGGUCCGCAACAUGAACCUGACCAAGGCGCAGAUGACCUACUUCGCCUUCCCCGGUGAGAUGCUCCUUCGGAUGCUGAAGAUGAUAAUCCUCCCCCUUGUCGUGUGCAGCCUCGUCUCAGGCGCGGCCAGCCUAGACACUCGCUCUCUGGGCAAGUUGGGGGGCAUCGCCGUCGCCUACUUCCUGGUGACCACUCUCAUCGCCUCCGGGAUCGGCGUGACGCUGGCGUUUAUCGUCAAACCCGGCGUGGGCGCGGGAUCCCUCAAUACCAACAGCCUGGGUUUGGAACGCGUGAGCAGCAAUAAGGAGACCACCGACUCCUUUCUCGACCUGGCCAGGAACUUAUUCCCAUCGAAUUUGGUGGCUGCUGCUUUCCGCUCCUAUGCCACUGACUACAAGAUGGUUGCUUCAGGCAAUGACACAAAUGGGACCACUCUUUAUCAAAAGGUGCCAUUUGGUAAAGAAAGUGACGGCAUGAACAUUCUGGGCCUGGUGUUAUUUGCAAUGGUAUUCGGUGUGGCACUGAGAAAGCUCGGAGAUGAGGGGGAAGAGCUUAUCCGAUUCUUCAACGCCUUUAAUGAGGCAACUAUGGUGCUGGUAUCCUGGAUCAUGUGGUAUAUCCCAUUUGGCAUUGUGUUCCUGGUGGGCAGCAAGAUUGUAGAGAUGGAGGAUGUGGUUCUACUAGUCACAAGUCUGGGAAAAUACAUAUUUGCUUCCAUCCUGGGACACAUUAUUCACGGUGGUAUCGUCCUGCCCCUCAUCUACUUUGGAUUUACGCGGAAAAAUCCCUUCAGUUUCCUGUCAGGGCUCAUUACGCCCUUUACGACCGCCUUCGCCACCUGCUCCAGUUCAGCGACCCUUCCUUCCAUGAUUAAGUGUGUGGAGGAGAACAACGGUGUGGACAAACGUAUCAGCCGCUUCAUUCUGCCGAUUGGUGCCACCGUGAACAUGGAUGGAGCGGCCAUAUUCCAGUGCAUAGCUGCAGUCUUCAUUGCUCAGCUCAAUGAUACUGAGCUUAAUGCUGGACAGAUCUUUACUAUCCUGGUGACUGCCACGGCCUCCAGCGUCGGGGCUGCAGGGAUCCCAGCCGGUGGCAUCAUCACCAUUGCCAUCAUACUGGAGGCCAUUGGGUUACCAACCAAUGAUCUGUCCCUAAUGCUGGCUGUUGACUGGAUUGUGGAUCGCACGACCACCGUGGUCAAUGUGGAAGGUGAUGCUCUGGGUGCUGGAAUCCUGCAUCACAUCAACCAGCAGGAGAUUAAAAAGCAGCAGCAACAGCAGAAGGAGAUAGAUGAGGGAGGUGAUCUUUCUGAGGUGCGGGUAGAAACAGUGGCCAAUGUCCAAGCCCAGGAGGAGACCUCGCCUCUUGUCAUGCACAAAACCAAAGCCUCAGAAGCGGUACCGGAAGCCGCUGAGUCGGUCCUGUGAAUUCAUGAAAGGUUUUUUUUUUGUAUUCAUUGUCAAACCUGUUGACCUUUGUACACUGUUCGUGUUGCUGCUGUUGGAACACUCACCUGAGUCACUGAAAAUAAGGCCAUGGGUUGGCACUCGUAAGAAGGUAAAAAAAGUUCCGUUAUCGAGUACAAGGGGACCAGCAGAUGUUCACAGAGUUCGAAAUAGUUUAGUUUUCACUGUUAUAACUCAUGAACAUUCCCAUUAAUGUGAAACGCAUAUUUCUUUUUCGUGACGUUCAUUAUUGACCGGAGCGACCUACAGACCUCAAACAACUUAAACGCCAUAUACCACGUGUCUUAUUGUAAACACAUCAGGGUGGAAGCUCAAAACAGGUACUUGUAUGUACUGAAAAAGGUCCUCAUAAACACUUAGUUAGGAGGGUUUGUCAUUUGUGCUUUUCACAGUUGUUGACAUUUGUUUGCUAACCCACAUGUCAAACAUUAACCCUUGGAAUGGGGGCGUCUGCUCUGUUUUUCCACACUACUUAUGCUAUUGACUCGUUUCGCGAAGCUGAACAUUGAAAAGAAAAGCAAAAAAAAAAAAGAUUCAUCCCCAAGUACUUUGAAUGAAUGAAAUCUCUACUCCAAAUACGACAUUGAUGACAAUUGCACAAAUAAUGGGCAAUUUAGUUUUCCUUCAUCAACAUUUCCGUGGCAUGCAAAGAUGUUAAUCAGGCUUAUUUCAGAAAAUAGAGUACAAUUUCUACAUGUUAAACUAAAUUUGUUGGAUACUGAAAGCUGAAAGUUAUUUUUUCAGCUGACACGGCUUGUCAAAUAAUACAAUAACAUUGAUUCUGGAUCAAAAAGAAAUUUAAUACCGUACAACAAUAGUCGCAUUGCCUAUAGUUGGAUUUUAUGGAUAAAGGGAUGAUGAAUUUAUAUGAUAUUGUGAAAGCCUGUUUGAAGAUGAUGGUUUUGAAGCACAGUGAUCCCUCGCUACUUUGCGCUUCAAACUUCACGCCCUCAGUCCAUCGCGGAUUUUUUAAAAUAAAUUAAAAAAUAAAUAAAUGCAGAUUUUAUAGCGCUGUCCCGAUCCAAUCAUGUUGUCUCCCACUCUUGCUCCUGCCGCUUUUUUUGGUCAGGCAGUGUACUGGAGUUGCUUGUUAAAGUUAACGAUGAUUGACAGACAGUUGAGGUUUGAUCUUGCCAGAGACGCUUGUAAGCCAAGACUUCAAAGCGCUGCAUGCAUCGUUUAACUUGAUAAAUAGUGGCUGUGGCAACUCAUUGUAUGUAAGUGAGCAGCUUGAGUGAGCGGACUCACUCAAUUAAGCAUUUACUGUAAUUUUCGGACUUUAAGGUGCACCCGACUAUAACGCGCAACGCCACCCACCAAGUUAGACACGAAAACGAAAUUUGUUCAUUGGUAAGCCGCACUGGACUAUAAGGUGCAGCUGUCCUCACUGUAUUAUGGGAUAUUUACACCAAAAGAUAAGAUUAAAAAAAGAUUAACCGGUAACAAUUUAUUUGAAGACGGCAUCACAAGACCAAAUAAACACCAUGAAACUCUGAACCCAUUGGAUACAAAGCUUCAUUGCUUCAAGAAGCUUCAUUUGGCCAUUACUGUUCCCUUGGGGGAGACAGUCAACCUCUGCUGCCGCCUUCUGUCAACAUUGUUGUCGUCCAACAUUCCUACUAGCAUGCAUUGCGGCGCUACAGACAAAAUUCAUGUUCUGUGUUAUUUCUUCAGUUACUCUUCGAGUUGUUUUAUUAAUUGCUAGUUAUGGGUUUAGGGCAGACAUGUCCAAAGUCCGGCCCGGGGGCCAAAUGCGGCCGUGGUCAAAUUUCAUCUGGCCCCCAGCCUCUGUCAUAAAAUCAAUAACGUCUAGCCCGCACACAGACUUAUUAAAUUGGUCAGCAGUAUUGCUACCAGCAUAUGAAGUAGUUUACACACUAAAUGUUGCUCCUCAUUCAACCAUUAAAAGGCAGCAGCACUCUAAGCAACAUUACCCCGUGUGACCCUUUACUUCCAAUUUCCUAAAAUGGCGUCAAUCAACUAAAAAAAGAAAGUUGACUGCGGCGGCCGACGCUUCAAGCAUAGGUGGAAAUUGGACUAUUUCUUCACUAAAAUACGCAACAACUGUGCCUGCGUCAUUUGCAAAAAGACAGUUGCUGUUUUGAAAGAGUUCAAUGUGAGGCGAUAUUACCAAACAAGACACGCUGACAUGUACGACAAGAUUACAGCGAAGAUACGUAGCGAGUAAUUGAAGCAACUUGAAGCUAGUUUAAUUUCACAGCAGCAGUAUUUCACUAGAGCCCGAGAGUCGAAAGAGAACGCCACAAAGGUUAGUUGCGAGAUUGUUGAAAUUAUUAAUUAAAAAAAUAAUAAACCAAAUGUGACACACAGAAUGGCUUGCUAAAAUUUACUUAAAUAUAUUGUUCGGCAUAAAGGACGUCAGGCAAAGUCGGCCCCCCAAAUUUUUACCGCACCAAAUCUGGCCCCCUUUGCAAAAAGUUUGGACACCCCUGGUUUAACUUGUUACACAGAAUGAGUUGCCACAGCAACUGUUUAAGUGAGCAGCUUGAGCGGAUUUGAGUGGACUCAUUCAAUGAAGCAUUUACUGUCUUUUUCGGACUAUAAGGCGCACCGCCACCCACCAAAUUUGACACGAAAACAGCAUUUGUUCAUCGAUACACUGCACUGGACUAUAAGGCGCAGCUGUCCUCAAUGUAUUAUGGGAUAUUUACACCAAAAGAUAUUAACCGGUAACACUUUAUUUGACAGCGGCAUCAUAUGACUGUCAUAAGACCAAACAAACACCAUGAAACUUUGACCCAAUUGGCUGCAAAGCUUCAUUGCUUCAAGAAGCUUCAUUUGGCCAUUACUGCUCCCUUGGGGGAGACAGUCAACCUCUGCUGCCACCUGCUGUCAACACUGUUGUCAUCCAACAUGCCUCCUAGCAUGCAUUGCGGCGUUACAGACAAAAUUCAUGUUCUGUGCUAAUUAUUUCUUCAGUUACUGUUCCAGUUGUUUCAUUAAUUGCUGGUUAUGAGUUGAGGGUGUUACGGUAACACUUUAUUUGACAGUGGUGCCAUAAGACUCAUUAGACCAGGGGUUUUCAACCCAGUCCUCAAGGCACACUGUGGGUCCUGGUUUUUGUUCCAGCCGAUCCAGCAGAGACAGUUGAACCAAUGAGGCUUCUGCUAAAACAAGCCACACCUGACUGCAAUCAACUGAUUGCACUUGUAAAACACCAGAUUGGGGAAAAAGUGUUGUCAUCUUGUUUGGUAAGAAUGAAAUCCUGCACCCACAGUGUGCCUUAGUGGAAUAGGUUGGGGACCCCUGCAUUAGACAAUCAUAAUUAUGACAUGACACUGUCAUGAGGAUUAAUGAAGGCUUAUAACAGAUGUCAUUUAGUGUCAUUCUGGAAAUUAUCUCACUGUUGAAUGGAUGUAAAAAAUCCAAACUGGACAUAGAUGGAGUUAGUAACAAUUUGCCGGAUGACACUUAAUGACAUAGGUCAUAAGAAUUCAGUAAUGCCCUUGAUAGUGUCAUGUCAUAAUUAUAACUGCUUUAUGACAGUCUUAUGAUGCUGUUGUCAAAUAAAGUGUUACCUAUUAACCCAAAUAAAUCAACAAAUAAUCUGCACAAGACUAUUGGCCGCAGGAUUUAAAAUGAGGGGAAAAAAGUAGUGGCUUAUAGUCCAAAAAUUACAAUACUAAAAACAAGCAUUUUUCUACUUUUUAAAAAUGGAUUGGGCGUCUCUUUUUUUUUUUCUUGUAUAAAAUAAUUCAGUGGGACAGUAACAUGUUUAAAACUUAUCCUAAUUAUUACAUUUAAAGUGCUUAAAAACCUUUUUAUUAAAAAAAUAUAUAUGUAUUUUAAAUUAUACUUUGUGGAAAAAAGUGAAAAAGCAUGUCUCUAUUUCCAAAGACAAAUCUGAAUAAAUACACUACUACUACUUUGCGGUUUUUCACUUCACGCGGCGAGUUCUGGUCCCCAUUAACCGCGAAAAACGAGGGAUCACUGUGCAGCAAACAACUUGUUGAGCCCGUUCUAUCAAGAAGCACGAUAAUAUAAAAUAAGUAUUUUGUUGUUGUCAUUUUUAAAGUUUGUUUUAAUGUACUCUGAACUCACAAUUUCUUUAAAAUAAUUGUGUUCCCUGACAAAAUAUAGUAUUUUCCAAUUGUGGCGGGUGUUGCGACAUGACUUGCACCCAUCGCUCACUCAGACACAUUGAUGCUUUUUAUUAUUUUGGCUUGCACAAGCCACAUAGCACAGACUAAACAUUAUAUGGUGCUUAUGAUUUCUAUCUAAAUACAUGUGAAGUCCUGCUGGUUUGUUUGAAAAUGCUAAACACUCCAGUGUUGAUUUUAUUGGUGGUAAAGACUCACAUGUAGGAUGUUUAUUUAGGCCCCCCCCCACACACACACACAUUUUUCUAUUAGAUUAUUGAAUCAUUCAGAAAAUACAUAUACUAAAACAACAAUAUACAAUUCUAAAAUAUUUUUUUUCCACAAAUAAUCUUGUUAGAAUGAUUAUUGGCUGCUCUCUAGUGGUGACUAGCGGGACUACUUAAGGGCGCCUAUUGACAAAUUGAUAAUUCUUUGCAAAGUAAACAUUAUUUUUUAAUCCUUACACUGUAUUUGAUUUGCAUUUCCAUUCAAUUUGUGAUAAGUUUUGCCUCCAGCAUUGACAUUCUUGAGUUGGGAAUCUAAUUUUGCUGCCCACUUGAAGAGGCAGCUCAAUGUGAGUUCUUUAAGUGUUGUCCUGUGUUAAACCUUUUUAAAGCAGAGUGUGAGCUAGUAUGCUGUAAACCAUUCAACAUAAUUUCACUUGACUAUUCUAGUUCAACCACUUUUUGUCUUAUGAUUUUCCUGUGUUUUUUAUUUUUUAUUUUUAAUAUAGCUGAUGUGACACGCAAUCCUACCGGUACGGUACUUUGAUCAAUGGUACUUACUACUUUCUAAAAAUAAUUAAUCAUGUGCUAGUGUAACGCUGCUCUUAGAAACUACCUUAUACGUGUGAGUGUUUGAAUUAUUAGUUAAUUGUAUUUCCCUGUUGGUUCAAUGAUAUGUUCUGCAGUCAUGUUUUUGCAUUUGAUUCUGCUGUUUGUCACCAUUAAAAAAAAAAAAAAAAAAAAAAAGGAAAGUGAACAUUUUACUUCAAGCCAACUGACUGUUUCUUCUUCUUAACACAUUUGUAUGUUCCUCAUUAGGCUUUUGGUAGAGUACGCUAACUCUUACUGAUUUUGGACAGAGAUGGGUAUACGAACUGGACUGGGGAUAAAAAUUAAGAUAAUACUCAUCGUCUUCAGUCCGACUUUAGUACCUAUUUUGAAGGAAGUUCACAAUUUUAAAGCCAUGUCCUUUCUAUCUGGCCUGUCCAUAGCACAACCGUCCAAUAUAUCAGACACCUUCAUCAUCAGCAUUAUGCCUGAUCUCAUCACCUAAGAAGUGACUAUUUUAUUUUAAACGUGUAGCACCCUAUGGAUGAAUCAUAAUAACAAUAAUAAUAAACGCAUAAUAAUAUAAUAGUAAAGAGCCUUUCAUGCAUGAAUUAUAACUUUUUUUUUUUUAACCCCACAGAGCUACCCUUACAAAAAAGUCAAAAAUGGACUUUUCUCAAAUGUUUACUUUUUUGGCAUAUUUGGGCUGUGCUGAGAGUCCUGACAUGUUUUUGGAAGGUUUCCCGGCGCUCCUUGGCCCAAAAGUGUUUUUUGACUGUUUUUGGAAUUUUGAAAAACUGCGUAAGCACCUACCCUUACAAAAAAGUCAAAAAUUGACUUUUCUCAAAAGUUUACUUUUUUGGCAUA